GUGUGUGCCAGAGCCACUCUCCUGUAACCACGAGAGAUGGGGCAGCCUGUGCCGUGAGGACGGAGAUCGGAAGAAGAAAACCAAGGACAAGAAGACAAGCGAGACAGAAGGGGACAUCUGGAGAAAGCGGAAGGCAGGAGACGGGGAGGGAAAAAGAAACCCACAGCAGGUGGAAACAAGAUCUAGAGCAAACCGGUCGGGUCCACAAUCGUUUUCCUGGAAGAGAAUUACCGGAGGAUUACUCUUUUUUCCCUUCAGUUAAUGAAAACUACUUUUAUCCUCAUCAUAAAAGAAAAGGCUAAGGGGAGGUAAAAACAAUCUCUGUUUUCUUAGGGGGAGAGCUGAGGGAAAUUCAGACUGUCUCUUUGAAGCGUCUGAAAUAAGCCAUUGCCUGGUACACAUUGCAGAACCAUCCUGGUUUCUGAAGAUCUACAUCCCUUUCACGAGAAUUCCAGCCAGAGGAGCUGGUACAGUUCUAUUUUUAUAUUUAAAUAUCUAUGUCUUUUCCCCCCCUUUUAAUAACACUUUCCUUGCUUGUAAGCACGAAUGACAAGAAAGUGUCAAUACGGAGUAGGAGUAUUUUCAGUUUACUCUUUUAUCCGCCUGGGUCUUUUUUAAGAGGGUAGGAGUGGUCCUUAUUUCGGAAAAGGACGUUUCAAUUUGAAAGGCUCUCUCUCUAAAUAUAUUUACACCCACACGCAUUCAGAAGGAGAGAUACCUUUCGGAGGUUGAAAUCCCACUGAGAAAGAUGGAAAAAGGAGCCAGGCACCGAAACAACACUGAAAAGAACCACCCGGGUGGGAGCCAGUCGGACGCCAGCCCCGAGACUGGUUCCGGAGGGGGCGGAGUAGCCCUGAAGAAACAGAUUGGAUUGGUCAGUGCUUGUGGUAUCAUUGUAGGAAACAUCAUCGGCUCUGGAAUCUUCGUCUCGCCAAAGGGCGUGCUGGAGAAUGCCGGCUCUGUGGGCCUCGCUCUCAUCGUCUGGAUCGUGACGGGUCUCAUCACAGCUGUGGGAGCCUUGUGCUAUGCUGAGCUCGGGGUCACCAUCCCCAAAUCUGGAGGUGACUACUCCUACGUCAAGGACAUCUUUGGAGGACUGGCUGGGUUCCUGAGGCUAUGGAUUGCUGUGCUGGUGAUCUACCCCACCAACCAGGCAGUCAUCGCCCUCACCUUCUCCAACUACGUGCUCCAGCCGCUCUUCCCCACCUGCCUCCCCCCAGACUCUGGCCUUCGGCUCCUGGCUGCCAUCUGCUUAUUGCUCCUCACAUGGGUCAACUGUUCCAGCGUGCGGUGGGCCACCCGAGUUCAAGACAUUUUCACAGCUGGGAAGCUCCUGGCCCUGGCCCUGAUCAUCAUCAUGGGGGUUGUACAGAUCUGCAAAGGAGAAUACUUCUGGCUGGAGCCAAAGAACGCAUUUGCAAAUUUCCGAGAACCCAACAUCGGCCUCAUCGCACUGGCUUUCCUUCAGGGCUCCUUUGCCUACGGAGGCUGGAACUUUCUUAAUUACGUGACUGAGGAACUUGUUGAUCCCUACAAGAACCUUCCCAGAGCCAUCUUCAUCUCCAUCCCACUGGUCACAUUUGUGUAUGUCUUUGCCAAUGUCGCUUAUGUCACCGCAAUGUCCCCCCAGGAGCUGCUGGCAUCAAACGCAGUCGCUGUGACUUUCGGAGAGAAGCUCCUAGGGGUCAUGGCCUGGAUCAUGCCCAUUUCCGUUGCCCUGUCCACAUUUGGAGGAGUCAAUGGGUCUCUUUUCACCUCCUCCCGGCUAUUCUUUGCUGGAGCCAGGGAGGGCCACCUUCCCAGCGUAUUGGCCAUGAUCCAUGUGAAGCGCUGCACCCCGAUCCCAGCCUUGCUCUUCACAUGCAUCUCCACCCUCCUGAUGCUGGUCACCAGCGACAUGUACACGCUCAUCAACUACGUGGGCUUCAUCAACUACCUCUUCUACGGGGUCACAGUUGCUGGACAGAUAGUGCUUCGCUGGAAGAAGCCCAACAUGCCCCGCCCCAUCAAGAUCAACUUGCUGUUCCCCAUCAUCUACUUGCUGUUCUGGGCCUUCCUGCUGGUCUUCAGCCUGUGGUCGGAGCCCGUGGUGUGUGGCAUCGGCCUGGCCAUCAUGCUGACAGGAGUGCCCGUGUAUUUCCUGGGUGUUUACUGGCAACACAAGCCCAGGUGUUUCAACAACUUCAUUGACUUGCUAACCCUGGUGAGCCAGAAGCUGUGUGUGGUUGUGUACCCCGAGGCGGAGGGGGGCUCGGGGACAAAAGAGAUACAAGAGGACAUGGAGGAGCAGCGGCAGCCCAUCUGCCAACCCACUGCCUCCAAGGGCAAGGACUCAGUGGAGCAGCCCCAGCCCUGAGGACCACCAGCCCCUCUCAGCUGCCUCCUCCCUCCUUCAUCCCCCUCUCUGCCCUCCUUCCCUGCCUGGGUCCCCCCUACACACACACACACACACCCCUCUGCUUCUGUCAAGCAGGGGCAGGACCUGGGUGUGGGUGGUGAGAAA